AUGGCUAUAACAGCUGCAGAGACAACGCAACUGGGGGUGAGCAAUCAGUUAGCAUCGUUGGUGCCGACUUUCGACCCAAGCCGUGAUGACCUGGUGACUUAUCAACAGAAAGUGGAACUGGUGACGGCCGCAUGGCCAAAAUCGAAAUUGACGGAGUUGACAACACGUCUCAUACUCAACACCACUGGAUCGGCAUUCCAGAAGUUGCAACUACAUCAAGCAGAGCUGUUGACAGGUGAGGAAUCCGCAAUCAAGAAGCUGAUAGAGCUUUUGGGUGGACAAUGGGGACGAGUUCCUUUAGCCAAGAAGUAUGAAGAAGCUGAGAUUGCUUUGUUUCAUACUCAACAACAUGGAGAUGAAACGAACGAUUCCUACUUAGCUCGGGCUGAUGUGAAUUGGAGCAAGUUACUGGCACAGAAGACGACUCUGGCCGAUCUUCAGGCAUUCAUAACCUUAAGGGGUUCAAGUUUGACUGCUGAGGACAAGAAGAAGAUCAUCCUGGAGUCCGAAUCAGAGGGCCAGUUAACGACCAAGCGGGUUGCAGAAUCAAUCAGAAUGCUGGGGUCAGUGUUUUUCAAUGACAUCACCGGCACCAAGCGUACAGUCAAAUCCAAGGUGUAUGAUCAGACCACACUGGUGGCUGAAGCAUCGCAGGAUGGAGACGACCCUGAUCCAACCUUCCUCGCCGAGGACCAGAUGCAGGAGGACGAAGUGUUGGAACUCCUUCUUCAGGAAGGAGACAGUGAUGCGCUGCUAGUUCAUGAUUUCGAGAGCGCCUUGAGUGAAACUGUACAGGAAGAUCCGGAGUUAGCUAGUGCAUACUCGGCGUACCAGGUUGCCAGGCACAAGCUGAAUGAAAAGGCAAGGAACAGAGGUUUUUUUCCCAGUCGACCGUUCCAGCCGUCCCAAUCCAAAGGAAAGGGGUACGGUGCUCGCAGUUCUUUCAAGGGCAAGGGCUUCUCCAGUUUCAGGCCGAAAAGGUCACUCCAAGAUAGGAUUUUAUCUAGCAACUGCCGAGCCUGUGGCCAAAAGGGGCACUGGAAGGCAGAAUGUCCGCUCCGACAGAACUCACAGAACCCAGGUUCCAGCAGUUCGCAGGCUCCAACAGGAACCGUUGUGACCGAUGCCAACACCGAGACUGCCGAUAGCCUGCCACUCGAAUUUCUGCAGCUGCACAAGACCUGUGAAACCAGCAUAGACGAAGACGUCGCCUUGAAUGAAGAAGAUGCUCCACCGUCGAUCAUGUCCAGUCGCCAUGUCCAAUCCGUCCCAGGUCUCCACAAAGAUGUGAGACCAACAUGUCCCGACAGUGUCCGAAACCACAAAGAGAUGCACUCACAGGCAAAGAACGACAGGAUUCUAAUCAACAUGCGGCGGUUCACACUAGCCUGGCCCAAGAAAGAUCGCCCUCCAAUUGGAAGAAUACACCCCGUGCUGAACCAAGCAGCCAUGUCGUUGAGCCUCCGUCUGAAGGGAAUCCAGUCCAAAGCCGAGCCAUCACCGAACGACGUGGCUCACCUGACGCUUCAGGACCUGGAGAACGAGACGGUGGACUUUGGGAAAAAGAACUGCGGACGCAGUUACCAGGAGAUCUGGAACACCGACCAAGAGUGGGUGACCUUCAUGGUAGAUCGCUAUGGAAAGAGCCACAACCCGUCCCACCGCAAGUUCAUCAGAUUUAUGGAGCUCAUGGUGCAACACCACGAGGAGAAUCAGAUGCCCGUGGUCGUCCAUCAGGGCCAAGGGUACGUGGGCAGUUCUGGCCAUGCAGACGGCCCGUCAAGUGCCAAGACAAUGGCCAAACCCAAAACCAAGGCCAAAGUGGGUGCGGCUCCGAAUACUGGCUUGAUGGAGUCAAUCCAUUUUCCAUCACUGGAAGAAGAUCAGCUCGAGGAGACCGAGAUGUACAACUCCAUGACUAUGGUGGCCGCCCCAGUGAGCCAGGAUCCGGAAUUCAUGGCCAUGAGAGAUCGCCUGAUGAAUCUGGAAAAUGCCCUGACCAAAGUGGUCAAUCACCUGGAAACCUAG